CCCAGCCCUCUUUCUGCUGUAUUUAAGCUCAUGCACCCCUUUUCAGGUUAUAAACUUCCAACAUUAGAGUGCCCCAACUUGAAAAAAUGUCAGUGCUGAAGAUCUCCUUGUUUGUGGGUUUUCUCCUGCUUGGUCUGGUCUCUAUGAGCCAUGCUGAAUGCUGGCAUAAGCAACUAGAUGAAGGUGCGACUCAAUGUGUGGAUUCUGUGGAUAAUACAUUACAUGAUAUCGGAACCAACUGGAAAAACAGCAAGUGUAACGAUUGCUCAUGCUUGGAAGACAACAUGAAAUGUUGUGAUGGGUGGCCAACAAAAGUAUCGGACGACUGCGUCAUUUUUUAUGACUAUAAAACCUGUAAAUUUGAAGUGAUAAAUGAGAAGGAUCCAGAUGCGGAAUGUGCUGUUGCUGGAUGAACUACAGAACUAAAUAAAGCUUUAUCACAGGAGUAAGCCCAGGCCAGAAGUCUAAAAUAAUAUAAUGUUGAUUGUUUUUGAUUAUCUGAAGUUACAAUAAAGCAUUACUGAAGCAUUAA